AGCGGGGAUCAUGCAGGAGCAUUCGAUGCCGUUAUGGAGUGCCAUAAACAAUACAACCAGUUGCCCAAAAUCCACGACCUCAUGUGCAGCCUGGUGGAGAAAGGAGAUGCCUUGCUCUUACAGAAAGUGAUGGAGUUUUUGACUCUUGAACGGGGCGAGAUGAUGAUGCUCUACGACCUUUUCUUUGCCUUCCUGCAAACGGGCCGCAACAGGGAGGCGCGCAAAAUCAUUGAGACUCCUGGUCUAAGGGCACGAUCAAACCGUCUGCAGUGGUUUGCAGAGAAAUGCAUCGCGGCCCAACAGAUGGAGCCGCUUGAGAACUUGGUGGACAUGACUGUGAAGCUGUUCGAGUGUGACCGAGAUGAAAUGUACCACUACUUGUUCCGACUCUGCAAGGAGACCAAUGACUGGCGUAAGGCUGAAGCGAUCUGGAUGAAAAUGCAGGAGGAAAAUUUGGCUCCGAGAGAGAGGACCUUGCGUCUGCUUGCUGAAAUCCUUAAAAGCAAUAACCAGGAGGUGCCAUUUGAGGUGCCGAAGGUGUGGUUUGAGGAUGACAAAGGUCAGUCCGAGGUGGUCCCAGAGAAAGAAGAAUCAAGCGCUGUGGCUAAAAAGACUGAUGAUCGUUCCCGUCUUAAUGCCACAAUCCGUCUCAAACUGCAGUCCCUCUGUAAGAAAGGCGAAGCUCAAGAGGCCUUUGAUAUCCUGAAGGAAGUGGAUAGCAAAGGAAUUGUCCCGGGCCCUGCUAUAUAUGAUGCCAUCAUUAAAGCACUGCUGGCUAAAGGCAACAUAGAGGAUGCCAUCUCUGUCAAGGACAUUGCUGUCGGUCAUAUUCCGUCAUUCAUUUUAAGUGACGUGGCCAACAACCUACUCAUAAUCUCUCAUGUGAAGAAAUGCCAGAUGAAAGAUUCUGUGCAGGUUCUUCGGGAUAUGUUAAAGGCUGACCAGAUGCCCAGUCAAUUGGCCAUCACUCGACUGGUUCAGGGUCUCGCUGAUGAGGGAAAUCUAAAGGAUAUCCAGGAGGUGGAGGCCAUGACGAAAGCUUUUGGCUCCUUCAAUCUGUCCAAUAUGUUAUUUGUCAACAAUACAGCUCUUGCUCUUUUAAACAAUGGAGACGUGGACAGUGCAGUGGACAUGUUGCAAACCUUUUACACCGAGAACACUGAGAGGCAGAACAACAGUAUUGCUCACGUCUUCCGGAAAGUUUUAAACGCUAAUAAUGAUGCCGCAAUGGAUAAAUUGAGUGCCAUGGCGGAACGGCUCUGCAAUCAGUUUGCCUCCUACAGAGCGGCUACUGACCUCUUCCUGGUUUACGUGGACACGGGCAGGACAGAAGAAGCCAAAUUCCUUCUGCAGCGCUGUGCGGCUGUCGGCGAGCAGAAGGACUUACUGUUCUCCUAUGUGUUACGAGCGUCCCAGCAGCCCGGACAGGCUGCUAAAGUCAUGAGUCUUAUGGAACUGAUUCCUGACAUUCGAGAGAAGGAGGAUAUUUAUUCGCAGCUGAUGAAAUGCCAUGGUUUGGAUCAGGAUCUGGCCUCAGCGAAGGCUCUGUAUGAGCGCAUGCAGGUCGAGGGGGUGAGGAUUGAUGAGUUGACGCUCAAGAGACUGGCUAAACUAUACAGAGAUUCUGGAGAACCCGUUCCCUUCGAAGAGCCUGCGGAGUCUUUUCGUUUCUACGCAGACAAACUGAAGGAUCAGCGAACUCAGUCCACAGCAUCCAUUGACAACUAAAAACAUCUUCCUUCCUUCCUUCAUCCAUUCAUUCAUUUUUUUAUAUGCAGCAGAUGUGAGCAGCGUGUUCUACUGUGAUUUUGUUUUUGCUCUUCGUAAUGUCAUGAUAUGGUUAACAUGUACAUACAGUUAAUAUUUAUGCAAAUAAAUGCAAACCCAAAACCUUAGUGGUUGUUUUAAAUCUUUAUUUUUUCUUUCUUUUUUUAUAUUUGGUUUAUUUUGUUCUAAAUUGAGUGUCGCUCAAUAAGAAUGAUUCUCUGCAAAUGCUGGUUUUGGCUUGUAUGGGAAUAUGUCGAUAUUGGAUGCAUGAUAUGAGAGAUUAUGGAAGAUUGUUCGAUAUUCUUCACCAGUACAUUAGGCUUAGACUCGGUUGUGUAGGAAUAUACUGUAAAUGCUAUAUAAUAAAUAUCUCAUUGGAACAAUCCUGGAUCAACUGA